CGAAACACUCGCGCUUCAAGUAACACAUCACACUCUCAACGUUCCGACUUGUCUCGAACCCAAAUUCGCCCCAUUUCUUAUCGACACACCAUUCGAACUCAAAUUAGCUCACAACCUUGAGUUCUGCCCCAAUUUAUGAGAGGUGAAAGUUUUGAGGAUACUAUACGUGUUGGCAUUGUUAUCAAAUUGCUUAUAAACGUGGUCUGUAGGGAUUUCUUGUGAAUUUGUUACUUGUGGUUGAAUGCUGAUGGUCGGUUGUAAGUUUACAUAUCCAGUUAUGGGCAAGGAAGAGGCUAAUGGGACUGAAGUUGGUAAGACAGUGGCUAAUGGGACUGUGUCUGACAAUGUUGUAAGCGAGAAUACAAAAGAUGAAGGGAAGGAUAAAAGUAAAGAAGUGAAUGUUGACAAGGUAGAUGCCAAAGAGAAAGAGAUAAAUGAUAGCAAGGAAGAAACGGAGAGUGAGGCUAUGGAAGUCGAUGAUUUAAAAGAGAAAGAAGAUAAGGGAUCAAAAAAACAUGCAAGAAAGAAGGGUGGUGUAGAAAAAGUCAACAACAACAACAAGGCAAGUGAAGAGAAAAAGGAGGAUCCCAAGACUCCUGUUGCCCGGGCAAUUGACCGACCAGUACGAGAGCGGAAAUCUGUAGAAAGGUUGGUUGCGGUCAUCGAGAAGGAUACUGCCAGGGAAUUUCAUAUUGAAAAGGGCCGUGGUACUGCACUGAAAGAUAUCCCUAACGUUGCUUUCAAGUUAUCAAAGAAGAAGGUGUCAGAUGAUGCACUUAAGCUGCUCCACACUGUUUUAUUUGGUAGGAGAGGAAAGGCUUUGCUGGUUAAGAGUAACAUAUUGCGGUUUUCUGGUUUUGUGUGGCAUGAAAAUGAGGAAAAGCAAAAAGCUAAAGUGCAAGAAAAGCUUGACAAGUAUAACAAGGAGAAGUUGUUUGAGUUUUGUGAUCUGCUUGACAUACCAAUUGUGAAAACCAGUGCAAAAAAGGAAGAUGUUGUUGUGAAGCUGAUAGAUUUUUUGUUGCUUCCUCAUAUCACAACUAGUGAGUUAGUUUCAGAGAAAGAACAGCCAAGCAAAGGAAGCAAACGCAAGAAAAGCGCAUCAACUUCUUCAAAGAAGCAGAAAAGUAAAAGUGCAGAGGGCUCUGAAGAAGAGGAAGAGGAAGAGGAGGAGGAGGAACAUGAGAAAGUGAAUGGUGGCCCAGAGAAGUCUGAAAGUGAAGGUGAAUCUGGGGAAGGGGAAGGGGGCAGUAAGAAGAAGCGUAAACUUUUACGGGGGGUUUCGAAAAAACCUUCUUCUAAAAAGGAUUCGGCUUCGAUUAAUAAAUCAAAACAAACCCAAACCCAAAAGAAAGCAUCCAAAUCCAACAAGGAUCAACUACCAACCUCAAGGAAGAAGAAAAGUCACGAGGAGAAGCCUUCGAUUUCUAAAGAGAAAACUGGGAAAAAGGCUGUGACAGAGACAAUGAAGGAGGAGAAACAAAAGCCUAGCGACAAUGAACUGAAAGCCGCAGUAUGUGUGAUCCUUAAACAAGUCGAUUUCAAUACGGCAACCUUCACAGAUAUCCUCAAACUGCUUGGUAAACGAUUCAAUACAGACCUCACACCAAGAAAGGCGACCAUAAAGUUGAUGAUCCAAGAUGAACUUACAAAACUAGCCAAUGUAACAGACGACGACAAUCAGCAAGAAGAAGGUGGAGCUGUUAAAACCCCAAAACAAGCAUCCACUACAACAUAACAUAACAUGGUAUGGUAUGGUAUGGUAUGGUAUUUCUUGCUUUCCAUCCAAUCCAAUCCAAUCCAAUCCAUCAUCUAGAUUCUAGUGUUUGUUUGAUCUCUUCUUCUCUUGUAAUUUAUUGCUAGUUUAGCUCAACUCACAUUGUAGAAAUACAAGUCGAACCGCCACCAUUACCAAUCGUGUGGUGUUGAUGCUUUGCUUCAUGUGUAUGUACUAUGUACAUGAGUAUAAAUUGU